UGCCCGCUCCCGUGACGUCACUGCCCCGCGCCGGCGGCAGAGUGGCCGGCGGUAUAGCCGGCUUUACCGAGGACAAAAUUGGCCAUGGCUAGUGAUUUCUACCUGCGCUACUACGUCGGGCACAAGGGCAAGUUUGGGCACGAGUUUUCGGCCGGACGGUGAGCGGCGGAGGGACCGCGGGAGGGCGAGCCGCCCAGAGACUUGUCCUUAUCACCGCAAGUCACACGAAUUAAGAGCAGUAUCAGGGGAAUUGUAUGAGACAGAGGCUGAUGGAUAGAUCCCUGUGUGUUCAAGGCUGCCAACCUCGUUACACAGUGAGAUCUUGUCUUGAAGGAAGGAAAUGAAGGAAAACAAACAGACCUUAACAAACCUGACCCAUUUUAUGUUAAAGGGAAGCUUAGAUAUGCCAACAACAGCAAUUAUAAAAAUGACGUGAUGAUCAGAAAAGAGGCCUAUGUCCACAAAAGUGUAAUGGAAGAACUAAAGAGAAUUAUUGACGACAGUGAAGUUACAAAAGAGGAUGACGCUCUGUGGCCACCACCUGACAGGAUUGGCCGGCAGGAACUAGAAAUCGUGAUUGGGGAUGAACACAUUUCUUUUACCACAUCAAAAAUAGGUUCUCUUAUUGAUGUAAAUCAGUCAAAGGAUCCUGAAGGCCUCCGUGUAUUUUACUAUUUGGUACAAGACUUGAAAUGCUUAGUGUUCAGUCUUAUUGGUCUGCACUUCAAGAUUAAGCCAAUCUGAAGUGGAUGUUUUCGAGGUUAUUUAUAUAUUUAAUUAAAGGAAGAGUUUUCUAUUGACAUUUUUGGGAUUUUUUUUUAUGAAUGUGAAACUUUUGUAAA